GCACGAUGGGAUUCUGCAGUGCCCUGCCGACAACAGCACGGGAGACCUCUUCCUCCCUGCCUUAGAGGCAGGCGCUGUUGCUGCCGGCACCGUGCCUUGGCACAUCAUCAGGGGGAAGUUUCUGCUGCUGCACUGCGUGCGAGGCCAGAUCAGCAAUCGGGUUCUCUGCAUAAAAAACCACUUGCUGCUAGCCGGCCUGCUCAGCCGCACGCUCAUAGUGCCCUUCCAUCACUCGGAGGUGGUGCGCAAUUACAACAUGCACGUGGCUCUCGACGUGGAGCACCUCAGGCGCUGCUUCGGCAAGGUGGUCUUCACCACAGCAGAGUACCGGAGGAAAUACGUGAAGCCGAUCAAUGUGACGGAGGUGGUGUGCUGGCACGGGCCCAAGGGCGCGUGCAGGGAGGAGGACAAAGAAUUAUUGCUCAACUGCCCGGCGCCUGAGACCAUGAACACCCCGGCCUCAGUCCUGGUUGGAGGGGACGGAGAGGCUCUCAGAAAGAUCGGCAAGCCAGGGUUUGUGUUCAACACACGGGUGCGCAUCACCCGCACGCUCUUCAGGGGCCAGCUCACCCAGUUGACAGGCAACCACACGGCGCUUGCUGCAUGCCUGCCCAUGUCCGCAACCAAGUCCCAAGUGCUGGAAGCAUAUGGCAACAACCAGUCUCCUGUGCUAGUGGUGGGGGAUCUGGUCAAUGUACAUUUCACACAGUGGCCUGAGAGCGACGCUGCUCUCGACCUGCCGUUCGAGCGCUCCUCCGUCUGCCCCACCGCGCUGCUCAUCAAGCCGGCUGCGGGCAUGUUCUUGGCAGCAGAGCUUUUUGUGCGCAAGACGUUCAAAGGGGAAAGGUUCAUUGGCAUGCACUGGAGAAGAGGUGACUUCAAGGCCUACUGCUUCUGGCACGGACCCAAGAAUGCAUGUUACUUUCCGGUUCAGCAGGUGGCAUAUUGGGUGUAUCGCAAGACCAGGGAGCUGGGAAUCAACAACCUCUUCCUCGCCACCAAUGCCAAGCAUGCCGAGGAGCCGUCCGAUGAAGAAUCGGACGGUGAUGGAGGCGGGGACUUCGGAACCAUGGUUAUGAAACCUGGAAGCAGACGCGAAAGCGGCGGCGGCGGCGGCGGUUGGCGUGGGGGAGGUGAUAAUAAGGGGGGCCCGUAUGCAGGGGAUAGUGACGAGGAAGGGGGAGGGGAUUUUGGAACAAUGGUGAUGCGGCCACGUGGCACACGACGAGACGACGAUGACGGGAGUGGUGUGGAAUCGGACGGUUCAGAAGGAGGGGAUUUUGGAACCAUGGUGGUUAGUCGCGGAAAUAAAGGAAGCAGCGGGAGGGGCAGGAGAAGGGACGAGGAGGAGGAGGAGGAAGACGAGGAUGAUAAUAGCGGGGAUUUCGGAACAAUGGUGGUGAGCAGAGGGGGUGGAAGGCGGAAGGGGGGGCGAGAGGAGGAGGAAGAGGAGGAAAGCGAGGAAGGGGAUUUUGGAACGAUGGUGGUUAGUAGGAAGAGUGGGGGAGGAGGGGGGAGGGGAAGAGCGGAAAGAGAGGAGGAAGGGGGAGGGUUGGCAGCAGCAGCUGCUAGCAUGCGAGCUCAGAUGGGGAGGGGUGGUGGGGGGAGAAGGGGAGGAGGGGGAGGAAGAGGAGGGCGGAGGAGAGAGGAGGAGGAGGAAGAGGAGGAGAGUGAUGGAGAUGGGGACUUCGGAACGAUGGUUGUGAGUAAAACGAAGGGUAACAGGAGGCGAGAAGAGGAGGAAGAGGAAGAAGAGGAAGAUGAGGAGGGUAGUGAAGAGGGGGAUUUUGGCACAAUGGUGGUGAGCAAGUCGGCCAAAAAAAAGGGGCGGCGGCGAAAGGAAGAGAGCGAGGAGGAGGAAGAGGGGGACUUUGGAACGAUGGUUGUUUCGAAACGGCGAGGCCGCAGCGACGACGAGGAGGAGGAGGAGAGCGAUGAGGAGGAUGAUGAGGAUGAGGAAGAGGAAGAAAACCAGUUUGGCACUGUGGUUGUGUCUGGGAAGAGCAAGGGGGGAGGGCGGAGGAAGAAGGGGGGGAAAGGAGGGAAGGGGGAGAAGGGGGGGAAAGGAGGGAAGGGGGAGAAGGACGGGACUGGGUCCCUGGCAGCGGCGGCUAGGAGCAUGGCGGAGCACAAAGACGUGGCUCCCAAGGCGAAGAAGGGCGGGGGAGGGGGCAUUGCAGGGUCGAGCAUUCAUGUUUCCAGGGAAGACCCCACUCUGAAAUACGAGUUGCUGGAGGAACUGGGCAAGGGCUCAUAUGGUUCGGUGUACAAGGGGCGAGACCGCAUUAGCUCAGAGCUGGUGGCCAUCAAAGUAAUUUCUCUGGCUGAAGGGGAGGAGGGAUUUGAUGAGAUAAGGGGGGAGAUCGAGAUGCUGCAGCAGUGCAACCACCCCAACGUUGUGCGCUACCAUGGCAGCUACCAGGGAGAUGACUUUCUCUGGAUUGUGAUGGAGUACUGUGGGGGUGGCAGCGUGGCUGACCUUAUGAACAACACGGACUCGCCACUUGAAGAGGGCAUGAUUGCCUACGUGUGCCGGGAGUCAAUUAAGGGUCUGGCCUACCUGCACGAGAUAGGCAAGGCGCAUCGAGACAUCAAGGGCGGCAACAUCCUGCUCAGCGACUCUUACUGUCCCUGCUCCCCUCUCUCCCUUCGUUAA